AUGAGCGAUACAGCUCAAGUAGUCAUGAUCACUACUCCUCCCAACAGCUCCACGUCCCCUCCUUUGACGCCACCUCUUAGCACAGAGAAAGGGCCCGGAGAACCAACCUCUCGAAUCUUGAGCGCAGGACACGCUUAUAAACUUGGCCACUCUCUGUUCCCGUGGCAUUCGUUCCGUGUCGAAAAAUACGAAUUCGGCGAUUUGUUGGUAGAGGUUGUGUAA